AUGUCACCAACGCAACGGAGAAGAAAUCCGAAUGACUGUGAAGCGCUACAUAGUCAACAAGAUGCGAUUGAGAACUCACGAAGCAGCGAGUACCGUUUGUUGGGGCACCGCCAGCGCAAAGCGUCACUUCAUGAACGCGGUGCGCUGCAUCGUACGUCGACAGUACUCCGUUGCUCAAGCUACCAUGCCGAUCUGCGAAAGCUGCUGCUGCUUCGAUUUCGAAGCGCCACGGGUGGCGGCAGGGUUGGCGGCGUUGACGGCCGCGUCUUGGACAUCCUUGAGAGGACCGGCGCAGUCGUCACCACCCCGCCAGAGUAUUACCCCGUUCCCGACGUGGAGACUGAGGUCGAGGUGGGAACCUCCCGUGCAGCUACUAGCCGGGGGCCGAGCGACGUUGACCUGCAACCAAUACCCCUCCAGCCACAAGUGCCGCAGCCCGGACCUUCGCAGCCGCAGCCCGGACCUUCGCAGCCGCAGCCCGGACCUUCGCAGCCGCAGCCCGGACCUUCGCAGCCGCAGCCUGGACCUUCGCAGCCGCAGCCCGGACCACAGCCUCAACCCCGCCGAAGACAGCCCAGGCAGCUGGAGGAAGCUGUGUGCCGGGCUACGGCUGAGUACGUGCGGCAGGGCCAGUGUGCUGAUGCGAGGGCCGUGGCAGACCGCAAGUUCCACCACAAGAUGUUGGAGCAAAACCGGCGUCAUCACGAGGCCCAGAUGGCCAGCCAAGAACGGCUGGAAAACCAGCUCUGCCGCCUGACCGAAGAGGUGGGCCGGCUGCGCCACGUUCAGCAGCAGCGCCUCGACCAAGAGCGCAGGGCGAAUGACUGUACUCAGCGCCUGCUGCAGCAACUUUUGGAGGCCCUGGCCGGUGGGGCUGCACUAGUCACACGCCCACCUCAGCCUCCUAGCGCCUAAAUUUUAUUGAUAUAUACUGAGUAUGCACAGCGCAAUGAAACGAAGGCAAGAGAAGCACGCAAACGACAUAGACUGGCACUGACUUCCAACUGAA